AUGUCAGUGUUUGCAGGUGUGCAACUAAGCCUUACGCUAUUAACACAUGUCAAAGAUACGCUCAAACACGCAGUUAAACCCUGUGGAACUUCUAGAAACUUCAAUUCUCCACCGCAUGCAACUGACGAUUUUAUUGAAGCUCCCGUCUUCUUCUAUGACAUGGACUACGAUCUCAAGGAUUUAAAUACCGCUCUCAAAGGAGCUGAAUUCCUACAGGACUCUGGGUACCAGUCGGUGUUAGAACGCUCUGCUCAUCCAUUCUCAGCCAGUAUCGUGGAUGAUAUCAUUAGUGAGGGGAGCGAUGCGGCGAACGAUGAGGACUGGGAUGGAUUCUUGACGGUGGGAGAGGAUCGAGUUCGAAUCAAAGACAUGUCGGACAUUCUAGCCUCUCGGUACGCAUUCCUCACCGGGGCUCGAACAAACGAGGGCAUGUCGAUCGUGACAUUUCCGGACUCACGAACUGUAUUGUCAUUCGAGGACUAUCAAACACUCAUAACCUACUUACUACAAGUGCCACCGCUAGAGGACAGCCAUAAAGGUUUUGUCGUUAUUGUGGACCGACGCAACGACAAAUGGUCAUCCGUGAGAACGCUAUUUCUGCAAAUAACGUCGUUUUUCCCCGGAACGAUUAGAGUUGUGUUCCUGCUGAAGCCAGAGGGAGUUUUGCAGCGAGCACUUGAAGUCGGGUACCGUGCCAUCGCUGAGAAUUGUUCGUUCAAGGUUAUAACUUGCGACUCAUCAGUCGAAUUACGACGUUUUUUAAGAGCAGAGCAGCUCACCAUGGAUAUCGGUGGAUUGAUCAAGUACAACCACUUGGAGUGGGUGCAACAUAGGAUGGAUAUCGAACGCAUGAAGUCCUCUGCAUCGGCUAUCGCCCAAUCUUUAAGCGAUUUUGGACGAGUUCUACGUGAGACGGAACUGCCGAACGAUGUGGAGACGACUGCUAGAAUACUGCAGAUUCAAACUGCCGAGAGAGAUGCGAUAAAGGAGGACUUCCGAAUAUCCGUGCGAAAGGGAUUGUCUCUGUUGCGCGCUGUGCGUCAGAUCGAGUCGAAACCCAAACACGAACUCCUCAGUCCAACCAGGUUACACAACGUGACGGCCAUCGAGCGUAUGCUAGUUCAGCUAGAGGAAACGGAGCGAUCAUUCGACACAUUUUGGGCGAAACAUGAAAAGCGCCUGAUGAACUGCUUUCAGCUACGACAAUUUGAGGAGAGCUUCCGAAAGCUGCAAUCCUCUUUUGCUCGUCACAUGCUUUAUCUGGAGGAGCAUCGAGCAGUUGGCGAAGGCGUGCAAGCUGCUCAGCUUUUAGCAGAGAAACACGAACAAUAUGCCGAAAUGGCACAGGAGGACGUCAAGGCAGCAAAAGCUUUAAAGGACACUGGCGAAGAGUUGAUUUCGGCCAAUGACGUUGGAAUUUCGGGUAGUCUGCUUCCGAAAUGUGAUGAACUUGAGCGCAUGGCGGAAGCGUUGAACGGGGCGUUACAAAGAAGAGCUACAGUGCUUAGAAUGAGUAUCACUAUGCAUACUCAGAUUUCUCAGGUAAACGUAAAACAAUCAAGCGAUUCAUUGAAAUCUCUUUCUUUUUGGUUGACUAACAUGCUCUCAUCCAUUCUUCAAGAUGCUACACCUGCUUCCGCGAGUAACAGUUUGGCAAAAAUGGACGAGUUCCUAGAGGAAGGGUCAAAACUACAAUUGGAUGCAAUUAGUCAAUCACCGUCAAUGAAUAGCCUUAUACUUCUAACCACCACCGAGACGUCGACAUUGCUCGCUCAGGUAGGAGCAUUUUAUUGUUGGCGAGAAGAGGCUCUUUUUAUAGUUUUCAUGUCUUUGUUAUACUGUUUCAAGAAGCAGUGAGU